AUGGACAAGAAGCAGGAGGAUGUGGGUGGUGUCGCCCAGAUCGACAAGACCACCGUUUUCCAAGAUGCCCGCGUCUUCAACCAGAGCCCUGUAUCUCCACGAAAGUGUAGAGUGAUCCUCACCAAGCUCGCGCUGCUCCUCUUCACAGGCGAGAGCUGGGGACGCCAGGAAGCCACCACGCUGUUCUUCGGCAUCUCAAAGCUUUUCCAGAACAAGGAUGCGUCCCUCCGUCAGAUGGUCUACCUGGUCAUCAAGGAGCUCGCGGGCUCCGCUGACGAUGUUAUCAUGGUCACGUCGUCCAUCAUGAAGGACACCUCCGUGGGUAGCGAUGUCGUAUACCGCGCAAACGCUAUCCGUGCUCUCUGCCGCGUCAUCGACGCCUCCACCGUACAGGCCAUCGAGCGCCUCGUCAAGACGUGCAUCGUCGACAAGAACCCCUCGGUAGCCUCCGCCGCACUCGUUUCGUCGUACCAUCUCUUGCCCGUCGCCAAGGAUGUCGUUCGCAGGUGGCAGUCUGAGGCAGCCGAAGCAGCGUCUGGAGCCAAGUCUGGCGGAUUCUUCGGGGGAUUCGGUGGCAGCUCGCAGACCGCUCUGCAGGCCAGCACGAACUACAUGACACAGUACCACGCCAUUGGCCUGUUGUACCAGAUGCGCUCUGGCGACCGAAUGAGCUUGGUCAAGAUGGUGCAGCAGUACUCGGCUGCUGGUGUGGUCAAGAGCCCUGCUGCCACAGUUCUGCUCGUCAGGUUGGCUGCCAAGUUGGCUGAGGAGGACCCCAACCUGCGAAAGCCCAUGAUGCAACUCCUCGACGGCUGGUUGCGCCACAAGUCCGAGAUGGUCAACUUCGAGGCUGCAAAGGCCAUCGCCGACAUGCGCGACGUUACCGAUGCCGAGCUCGUUCAGGCCGUCCACGUUCUCCAACUAUUCCUCACAUCGCCUCGCGCCGUCACAAAAUUUGCUGCCCUCAGGAUCCUGUCGCAGAUGGCCUCGUUCAAGCCUGACGCUGUCCGAACAUGUAACCAGGAUAUCGAGUCGCUCAUCACCAACUCCAACCGCAGCAUUGCUACAUUCGCCAUCACUACAUUGCUGAAGACUGGCAACGAGUCCUCGGUAGACAGGCUCAUGAAGCAGAUCACCGGCUUCAUGGCUGAGAUAACGGACGAGUUCAAGGUCACUAUCGUGGAGGCUGUCCGCACGCUGGCUCUGAAGUUCAAGGCCAAGCAGUCUGGCUUCCUGGCUUUCCUCAGUGGCAUUCUGCGCGAUGAGGGAGGUUACGAGUUCAAGCGGUCCGUUGUCGAAGCGAUCAUGGAUCUCAUUCGCUUUGUGCCUGAAGCCAAGGAGGAUGCCCUGGCAACACUUUGCGAGUUCAUUGAAGAUUGCGAGUUCACUAAGCUUGCCGUCCGCAUCCUGUUCGUUCUUGGACGCGAGGGCCCUUCGACACCUCACCCCACGAAGUACAUCCGCUACAUCUACAACCGUGUGGUUUUGGAGAAUGCCAUUGUCCGAGCCGCCGCCACUUCUGCGCUGGCCAAGUUCGGUGUUGGACAAAAGGAUCGUGAGAUCAAGAAGUCGGUCCAUGUCCUCCUCACUCGCUGCCUUGACGACGUCGACGAUGAAGUUCGAGACCGCGCUGCAUUGAAUCUCCGAUUGAUGGACCAGGAUGACGACAUGGCUGUCAGCUUCAUCCGCAAUGACUCGAUGUUCUCUUUGCCCGUCCUCGAGCAUCAAUUGGCAAUGUACGUCAGCUCCGACUCUCGUGACACCUUUGAGUCCGCCUUCGACAUCUCCAAGAUUCCCACUGUCUCGCGCGAACAGGCAGAUGCUGCAGAUCUUUCCAAGAAGACCGAAGGUGCCACGCCCACCAUCAAGGCCCCCAGCGCUGCAAAGGCCCCAUCGAAGGUUGGUGCCGAAGCUGCUGCAUCGGCCGCGAACAAUGCGCAGAAGUACCAGGAAGAGCUACAGAAGAUUCCAGAGCUUGCGGCGCACGGUGGUGUGCUCAAGUCGAGCGAGGUCAUCGAGCUCACCGAGACAGAGACCGAAUAUGUGGUCACUGCUGUCAAGCAUAUCUUCAAGGAUCAUGUCGUUCUCCAAUACGACAUCAAGAACACACUCCCCGAUACGGUACUUCUCGACGUCGAGAUGGUGGUCGCACCAGAAGACGAUGGCGAUGUGCAGCUGGAGGAGGAGUUUAUUAUCCCGGCACCAAAGCUUGCUACAAAUGAGCCCGGUACUGUCUACGUUUCCUUCAAGCGUCACGAGACCGAGUCGCAAUUCAUCGCUACCACCUUCACCAACGUACUCAAGUUCACUAGCAAGGAGAUCGACCCAACUACCAACGAGCCUGAAGAGGGCGACGGGUAUCCGGAUGAAUACCAGGUGGAAGAUUUGGACCUCAACGGUGCCGACUACGUUGUACCAGCAUACGCUGGCAGUUUCGACAAUGUAUGGGGUCAGGCAAACGGCGACUCGGCAACAGAAACAUUGCAAUUGAGCGAGAUGAAGAGCAUAUCAGAUGCAACAGAACAGCUCACAAAGACUUUGAGUCUGCAGCCGCUCGAGGGCACAGAUGUCGCGCUCUCGAACACAACACAUACGCUCAAGCUUUACGGAAAGACAAUAACCGGAGGCAAGGUAGCAGCUACCAUUAGGAUGGCAUUCAGUGCAAGGACAGGUGUCACAAUGAAGAUCGACGUCAGGAGUGAAGAGGAAGGUGUUGCGGCGCUGGUCAUUGGCAGUGUGGCGUAG